AUGGCCACACCACCCGUCCGACAGUGGGGUGUUACACCCCCAAUUUCCACCGUCCUCCCGACCAAAGAUGAGAUCGCGGCAAACGACGAUCUCAUCGCGCAACUGAAAGCCCAGAACAACUUCGAAUUACCCACUGAGACUGAAAGGAGACAAAAAGUGCUACAACUCUUACAGCGCGUCACUGUUGAGUUUGUUCAAGUCGUCAGUCGCAACAAAGGUCUUUCUCCAGCUGCCGUCGAAGCAUCAGGCGGCAAAAUCUUCACAUACGGAAGUUACAGGCUUGGUGUCUAUGGACCCGGAUCCGAUAUCGAUACUCUAGUCGUCGCGCCCAAACACGUCAUGAUCGAUGACUUCUUCUCCGACUUCCCGGGUAUCCUUGAAAGAAUGGCAUCCGAAGGAGCGAUCGAGAAAAUGACCCCGGUCCCCGACGCAUUUGUCCCAAUUAUCAAGCUUGAACUUCUUGGGAUCAGUAUCGAUCUGAUUUUUGCUCGCCUUGUUAUUCCUUCCAUCCCGAUGAACAUCGACCUAAAAAACAACGAUUAUCUGAGGGGGUUGGAUGAGCGCGAGGUGCGGUCGCUGAAUGGAACUCGUGUGACAGAUGAAAUUCUUGAGCUUGUGCCCCAGCAAAAGACUUUCCGUCUCGCCUUACGGGCUAUCAAACUAUGGGCUCAGAGACGAGCGAUCUAUUCGAACAUUGUGGGCUUCCCAGGUGGUGUUGCUUGGGCGAUGCUGGUGGCACGGGUCUGUCAGUUGUAUCCACAAGCAACGGGAUCUGUCAUUGUUGGCAAGUUUUUCAGAAUCAUGAAUAAGUGGAAUUGGCCUCAGCCUGUUUUACUGAAACAGAUUGAGGAUGGUCCGCUUCAGAUGAAAGUGUGGAACCCAAAGAUUUACCACGGUGAUCGAUUCCAUCUUAUGCCUAUCAUUACUCCCGCGUACCCGUCCAUGUGUGCGACUCACAACAUCAGCCAAUCCACUAAGAACGUGAUUCUUCGGGAACUCAACCGCGGAGGUGACAUGGUUGACAAGAUCUUCUUGAAACAACUGUCGUGGGAGGACUUGUUUGUGCGCCAUACGUUCUUCACGAACGACUACAAAUACUAUCUCAGCAUCACCGCUUCUAGUAAGACCAAAGAGGCCGAGGGUGUAUGGUCAGGUCUGGUAGAGUCCAAGCUACGUCACCUCGUUGGUGCACUUGAUCGCAAGCAGAUCAUUGCGAUCGCCCAUCCUUUCCCAAAGGGCUUUGAAAGAGUCCACGUGGUCAAGAAUCCCCAAGAGAUGGAGGCAGUCAAGAACGGCUCAACUCAGCACGUUGCCAAAGGCACAAAGACCGAGAUGACUGAUGAAACCAACAAUGCUGCCCACCAAGCUGCAAUUCAGAACACCCUCGAAAAUGCCGAGGUACCGCAACCAGCGCAGGCCAACCCUGAAAAUGAUGGACAGACUGUCUACACAACUACAUACUACAUCGGCUUGGAGCUCAAGCCAUUGGAGCCCGGUAAAUAUACCAAGACACUUUCCAUGGACAAUCUAACCUCUCUUCUCAAAGGCCAAUCGAGAUCACUGGAUAUCUCAAGCGACUCCCAGCUAUUCAAAUCCCAAUGUACAGCAUGGGCGGGAUUCCAAGAAGAAGUCAUGGAGCUCGCCGUAGUCCACGUUCGCAACUUUGACCUCCCAGAAGAUGUUUUCGAACCUGGUGAGACCAAGCCCUCGCGGCCCAAGAAGAAGGUGAUCAAGAGAUCAGAGACAGCCGGCCAGAAACGCAGCAUCGGCGAGUUGGACGUAAGUUCACUAAAGAGAUCGAAAUCGGCCUAA